AUGUGGAGGCGAACGUACCUGCUGCUCCUGCUGGUCCGGGUGUAUUUUGCUCUGUCGCCGAGCUAUCUGCACCCCGACGAGCACUUCCAGGGGCCCGAAGUUUUUGCUGGGCGCAUCUACUCCUAUCCAUCCCUCCUGACCUGGGAAUUCACCUCGCAACAUCCCAUCCGCAGCGUGUUCCCGCUAUGGCCCGUGUACGGGCUGCCCAUGAGCCUGCUGAAAUGGUUCUACAACGAGACCGGCUUCACCAGCCCGCCUGCCGACCUGGUUUAUUAUAUCUUGCGCGCUGGCAUGUUUGUCAUGAGCUUCGUGUUUGAGGACUGGGCCAUCUACGAGCUGGUGCCCACGCCGCGAUACCGCGUGCCCGCCGUGGUGCUGGUUGCCUCGUCGUAUGUCACCUGGACGUAUCAGACGCACACUUUUUCCAACUCGCUCGAGACGCUGUUGGUCGCCUGGGGACUGGUUUUGAUUCGCCGCAUUAUUGAUAAUAAGAAACACUCGGCCUUCUUUUCUUGCGCCGUCUUGUCGUUUGUCGCCGUGCUGGGUGUAUUCAAUCGAAUCACCUUUCCAGCAUUUCUCGUCGUGCCUGGGUUGCAGCUGCUACCGCAUUUUCGUCGCAAGCCGUUCUCACUCGUCGUCCUCGUCGCAUUCGGUCUGCUAUUUACAGGAGUCGCCAUUCUAACCGAUAGUCUCUUCUACCGCUCCUUCAGCCUCGAAGAAACCAUCCGCAACCCGGUCAUCACGCCUCUCAACAACCUGCGGUAUAACUCCAAUACCCUCAACUUGGCGGAACAUGGUCUGCACGCGCGGUACCAGCACUUUCUUGUGAACCUGCCACAGCUCCUGGGGCCGGCCUUUGUUGUGCUCGUGCUCCAUCUAUUUACCGACAAGUCACGGGCAUUGCAAACCUUUUACAACGGGCGAGCCGUCUCCGCCAUAUCGGCCACGAUGAUUCUGUCCAUCUUUCCGCACCAAGAACCGCGCUUCUUGCUGCCAUGUGUGCCUUUGCUCCUGACAUGUAUCCGGCCACUCAGAUCGCGCCCGUUUCUUGUUGCUUGGCUGUGUUUUAACGUUGCCAUGGGGUAUCUGAUGGGGGUGUACCACCAAGGCGGCGUGGUGCCUACGCAGCUGGAAAUCCCCUCGAUCAUUGCAUCCAAACUGCCUGUUCAGACAUUGUCUGCAGGAACCAACGUGACAGUAUUCUGGUGGAAAACGUACUCCCCGCCGUUGUGGCUGCUGGGUGACAGCAACAACAGCAACAAUAACCACAACACAAUAACCAACACCAUCGACCUAAUGGGCAUGCGCGCGCCAGAAAUGAUCUCGCGCAUCGACACCGCGGUCCCGCUAUGCCAUAACAAAAACCGGCCCAGUAAUUCAGACCUGAUACUUCUGGUUGCCCCUCGAUCUGCCACCUUUCUCGACACUUAUACUACUACUACUACUGCUAGUCAUGCUGAACGACCGCUCCGCAUGCAAGAAUUAUACACGUACAAAAAGCACAUCAACCUCGAUGAUCUCGACUUUGCAGACGACGGUGUCUUGCACACUAUUCAUAGGGUUAUUGGGCGGCGCGGGCUGAGUGUUUGGGCGGUUGAGCGGGAGGGAUCCAUGCAGGCCUUUCGCCGCAACACGCUCUCUGCUCUGCAGAAUGCUUCCAAACAGCAGCAGCGCCGUACAUAUGUUGGUGCCAGCGCAGCAUAUGCGUCGACUGCCAACAACCUUCGCAUAAACGGCGACACUCGCGUCAUCUUCCAGGGUUUCACUGGAAAGCAGGGAACCUUCCACGCUGAGCAGGCCAUCGCCUACGGUACAAACGUUGUCGGUGGAACAAACCCCAAGAAAGCUGGAACUACGCAUUUGGACAAGCCAGUCUUUGCGUCUGUCCGCGAUGCUGUCAAGGAGACCGGAGCUACCGCCUCGGCUAUCUUCGUUCCUCCUCCCGUGGCUGCUGCUGGUAUUGAAGAGGCGAUUGCGGCUGAAAUUCCGCUCGUCGUUUGCAUUACUGAGGGUAUCCCCCAGCACGACAUGGUUCGCAUCACCGACAUCCUGAAGACGCAGAACAAGACUCGCUUGGUCGGACCCAACUGCCCUGGUAUCAUUGCUCCGGGUCAAUGCAAAAUCGGCAUCAUGCCCGGCUUCAUCCACAAGCGCGGUCGCAUUGGCAUCGUGUCCCGUUCCGGAACCCUGACCUACGAAGCCGUCAACCAGACCACACAAGCCGGUCUGGGCCAGUCCCUCGUCGUCGGCAUUGGUGGCGAUCCUUUCUCUGGAACCAACUUCAUCGACUGCCUCAAGAUCUUCUUGGAAGAUGAGGAGACCGACGGCAUCAUUAUGAUUGGUGAAAUUGGCGGUAGCGCCGAGGAAGACGCAGCCGAGUUCCUCAAGAGCGAGAACAAGAAGAACAAGCCCGCUGUCAGCUUCAUUGCUGGAAUCAGUGCCCCGCCCGGCCGACGAAUGGGUCACGCUGGAGCUAUUGUUAGUGGUGGUAAAGGUGGCGCUGACUCCAAGAUUGCUGCCCUUGAGGCCGCUGGUGUCAUUGUCGAGAGGAGCCCGGCUUCUCUGGGCAAGACUCUGCUUGCAGAAUUCGUCAAGCGCGACCUCGUUUAA